CAAAGGUUUCAUCGAUGGAAUGGCCUAGAUGCAGUGUCACGGUGAAAGGGGCAGUUUCAAAAUAAAUAAAUCAGCGAAAAUUUUCAAGCAGCAACAUUCACUUUCAGUGAGAGCUGGCAAGACGUUGAAACUAUACACAGAAGAGAAAAUCUACUAUGGCUGUUUCUGUCAAGGCAUACUUGAACUUUGAGCAUCCAAAUCAAGAGAUUCGAAGAUUUUCGAUCUCGGAAGAUGUUAGCAGCAGCUUUGAAUAUUUGACACAGAAAAUUCGCCAUGUGUAUCCAUCACUGUUAAGAAAAGACUUCACAUUGUACUGGAGAGACGAAGAUCAAGAGUUUGUGGCAUUUUCCAGUGACGAAGAGCUUGUGAUUGCUCUUGGGAGCUCUCGUGAAGAUGGUAGCUUCAAGGUUUUCAUCGAAGAAAAGGUUAAAGGAGAUUCAACUGACGGUUUGACUGGGGAUGCAAAAACAAAGCAUCCUGGUGUCAUUUGUGAUGUUUGUGAUAAGGAGAUAGUUGGAACUCGUUUUAAAUGCUUGUCAUGCCCAGACUAUGACCUUUGCAGUGGCUGUGAGGGUAAAGGAUUCCAUCCAGAGCAUGAAAUGCUACGUAUACGAACACCACAAAGACACCCUUGGCAAGGAUUUUGGCACAUGAUGUUUGCCCCUCGAGGUGGUCACCCUAGAGGCAGAGGCUGUCAUAGCCGAGGAAGGCCAGACCCAAGGCCAUAUUGUCAUCCACCUCCACAUCAUUUUGGUCCUCGAGGAAGUGGUGGCUGCAGACGUGGUUUUGGAGGUCCAUUUGGUCCCCCAUUUGGUACAUUCCCUGAAUGCCCUAAAAAGGCCAAGGGUGAACAGAAAGCAAGUGAAGCAAGCCAACAAGAGCCUGCUGACAAUGGCCAAAACCAAGGCUACCCUUCCUUUCAGGAAGUCUUUGAUGAUGUGUCACAAGUAGUGAGACAGUUCAUGGAUCCAGAAAAUUAUGCAACAUGGGAUCGUGAGCAACCACCUUGUGACCCUGAAAAAUCAGCUGAAAAGGAGACUGCAGAAGGCAAGGAACAGCCAGGGGAAAGUGAAAAGGAGACUGCAGAAGGCAAGGAACAGCCAGGGGAAAGUGAUGAAGAGAAGAAAGAUGCAGAUGAUACUCCAAUGCAAACUGAAUCAUUUGUUGUUUUGAACAAAGAGAGUGAUGCAGAAAAAGAAGCAGAUAAACAAAAAAGUGAAGAAAAUGUGUCCCAAAGACGUGCUGAAGUAGAAGAGUUUGAAAGAAGGCUCAAUGAAGCUAUUUCUCAGAUGGAAACAAUGGGAUUUAACAAUGAAAAUGGAUGGCUUGGACAAUUGCUCAUUGCCAAAGAUUUUGAUAUUGGAAGAGUUAUUGAUACAUUGCAGUCAAAACAGAACUAAUGGGCAUUGGACCCUCAAAUUAUUUGCAUGCCUACUAUUAUUAUAACAGACAAAUUAUAUAUGCUUAAAAUUACAUAACAAAAAAGAUUGAGUAUCUGUUGAUGUAGCACUUGUAAGUUGAUGUUAUCUUGAGAGAUGUAAAAGUCUUGAUAGAAUAAAACGUAAUGUACUUAGAUAUUUGUUUUUGAUCACUAGUUUGAAAAUUUGCAACAUUGUUAAAAAAAUUUUUUUUUGAGUUUUCAU